AUGUGCAGCAAUGACAACAAUGACAAGGGUAAUGUUUUGAUUGUAACAAUCAGAAGUGAUAUUUACAAUGAAGCAGCCGAAAAGCGAUCAACUGGAGAAUCAUUUUUUACAAAUUCUGUGAUUGAUAUAUCUAAUGGAGACUUUCAACUCCAAGAUUUAGAAAUAAUUGAAUUCUUCAAAAAGUAUGGUCUUGACAAAUUGCUUGAAUCCAAUACUUUAUUAGAUAUUGGUAAGAUUGGGAAUACAUUUGGAAUCCCCCAAUGUUGCAACCUUUUGAAGAACAAUCCUACGCUUUCUGAUGACACCUUUGGUUUCUUGAAAAACCCAAUCCAAAGCUUACAAAUAUAUCUUAAAAACAUUUUAGAUAGAAAGGAAUGCAAAACAGCAGUUCUUGUUUAUAUACUUCUUUGUGGAGGGAGUGUGGAAGAAAAGGUACUCCAAACAGCAUUACAAGACAUACCUCGUAAAAAACAAUCACUUGAAAUUAUUGGAGCCAAAAAUGCAACUUUAAUGGAUUUUCAAAGGUCUAUUUAUCAUUAUCAUAAUUUCUUGAUAACCUUCGAUCCCAUCGAAAGAGAAUAUAAAUUUAGUCAUAGCUCAGUACAAGAGAGCUUAUUCAGAUGUCUGGUCAAUUUUUACCCAAAUGAAAUUAUCAAGAGUUGUGACCAUGUCCUUUUAGAGAGAUUAACAACCUCCAAGAAUAUGUCUUGGAAUUCUAUAGUGAUUCCAGAAGAAUUUUUCCAAGAAAUAAUUAAAAGAUUGCUGGAAUUGUUGGAGGAAACAUUAGAAUCUGCAUUUCGGACAGUUUCCCGUCUACAAAUAUGGAAAGAUGAGAAGUUUAUGUCUGAGUGUGAAAGAAAUCAAACCCUGCUAAGAGGAAUCGAACAAAAUACUGAUAGCUGUGGGCGAACAAUGUUAGUUCAUUUUUGUGUAUCUGGUAACAUUAGAUGGGUUAAGUAUCUGCUGCCCUCAUCUUCUCAGGAGCAAAGAUAUAUGUCUUUGAAUGAAGCUUGUGAACAUAAUCACGAUGCUAUUGUUGAUUUGAUAUUAGCAACGGAUGUAAAAUAUAACUUAAAAACUUGUUUUCAUGCGGUGCAUAGUGGAAAUCGUAGCAUGCUUUAUCGCUUUACUGAUAAUGUAGACCUUAAAAAGAUAACAUUAUCUACUCACAAAGACUGCAAUAAUGAAUGGGGUUUACUGCACGAAAUUUGCGUUCUUGGUCAGAAUGACCUCAUUAAACCAGUUCUCACACGUUACCCACAGCUACUUGAUGUUCAAAAUGAUGAAGGUGGGAAUGCUUUACAUUUUGUUGCAUAUGCUGGGGAUGAAACUGUCUUUAAAAAUUUAGUCCAAGCUGGACUGGAUCCCUACAGUAGAUCUAACCAUGGUUCCACGGUUCUCCACUUUGCUUGUCAAAAUGGCCAACUGAACAUGAUCAGGUAUAUCUGUGACGAAUUUCCUGAUAUGCUUUCUUCAGAUUAUAAUGACAACCAAGGUUGGUCUCCUUUACACUUUUCAGCUCAAUCAGGAAGCAUAGAACUCUAUGAAUACUUCGUACAAAAAGGGGUACAGCAAACAUUUUCGGACGAUGGGAGUACACCUUUACAAGAAGCUUGCAAAACGGGAAAAUUAGAGAUGUGCAAGUUCUUAGUCAAGGCUUAUCCUCAUUUGCUAAAUAACAAAAACAAAAAUGGAGAUAAUGCCUUACAUGAUGCAGCCUGGGGAGGUAACAUUGAUUUGUUCACAUUUCUGUUGGAGAAAGGUUUUGAAAUCAAUUGUACUAAUACUAAUGGAGAAAAUGUGCUACACCUAUGCUGCUUGAACGGAAAGCUAGAUAUGUGUAAGUACUUAGUUAACAAUUAUCCUCAUUUACUAGAUGUCAACGACAAAACAUGUAACAGUGUCCUUUAUCAUGCAGUUGAGGGGGGUAAUGUUGAUUUAUUCAAGUUUUUGUUAGGAAAGCGAUAUGAUGACAAUUUCGAUGCAAAUGAAUUAAACUUUGUCUUUCGCCUAUGUUGUUUGGAACAACAGCUAGAGAUGUCACUGUGGCCUCAUUUACUAGAUGUCAAAGACGAAAAUGGGAAUAAUGCUUACAUACUGCAGCUUGGGAGAUGUCAAAGACAAUGCUUGGAGAAAAUGCCUUACAUGAUGCAGUCUUGGGGUGAUAACAUUGAUUUACUCAAAUUUCUGUUGGAAAAGGUUUUGAUGUCAAAACCAAAAGAAAUGAUGGGAAAACUGUGCUUCAUCUUUGCUAUGUCAAAGACAAUAAAGGAGAAAUCCUUACAUACAGCAGCGUGGGGAGGUAACAUUGAUUUGUUCAAAUUUCUGUUGGAGAAAGGCUUAGAUAUCAAAACCAUAAGAAAUGAUUGGAAAACUGUGCUUCAUCUAUGCUGUAUGCACGGAAAACUAGAUAUGUGUAAAUACUUGGUCAAUACUUACCCUCAUUUACUAGAUGUCAAAGACAAUAAUGGAGAGAAUGCCUUAGAUGAUGCAGCCCGGAGAGGUUACAUUGAUAUUGUCACCUUUCUAUCGGAGAAAGGCUUAAAAAAUACAAGAAGGAGAUCUAGAU